AUGAGCGCCGGGCAGCCACGGCCCUCCGGCCGACUAGCCCCUGCGAGGUCCGGAUGUGCCUUACCCCGCUGUCGCCAAUCCCAUGUGCCUCUCACUACUGUCAACCUCCUCCCACGGUCUAGCCCAGCGGUUAGCGCAGGAAUGAGGAAGUCCGAGUGGGGCUGGAGGGGGUGCGGAGAGCUGGGUGGCGGGACUCGAGCCACGCGUCCCCUGCCGGGCCCCCACUCGCCCGAGUUUGGCUUACCCUGGUGGCGAGUCCGCGUUCGGCCUCCUGGCGCGGGUCUCUCCCUCCUGGGCGGCGCGGGCCUGCAGGCUGGAGAGGGAAGAGGCGGUGGCCGGCCGGAGCCCGAGCGGGCCCGGGUGCGGGUCGGGGCAAGCGGUAGCGCGGCGGGGCCGGGCCAGGCCAGUCAGCGCCGCGCCAUGUCCGCAGCGCGGGCGGAGGGAAGCGCAGGGCGCGCUGUGGCCGGGCGGCGACGGCGCCGCCUUACUGUCCGGGCGGCUGCGGCCUCGGCGGCGCUGGGCUCCGGGAGUGUGGCCGGCUGCUGCGUGCAGGCCGAGGGCGGCGGCGGCUGGCGGCCCGACCGACGGGAACGGCAGGGGAAGCUGUCAGCGCGUCGCCGGGCCGCUCCGGUGGCGAAACCUCCUCUUCCUGCCCCGGCUCGCUGGUGCACUUCUCUCUCUUUCUCUCUCGUUCACUCUCUCACUUCCUGGCUGGAAAUUCCCACUGACGUCGAGAGAGCAUACAGACAGACGGACACACGCGCGCACGCAGCGGGGGCGGGAGGUGGGGUCGCUGCCGGGGGUGGGGGAAGCCCGCACUUUUGGGGGCCGUGCGCCCCCGGCCCGGCCUCGUUGCUCGGUUCGGCUCCCGCCUCUCGGGGCCGCUUCAGGGCGCCGGGCGAGGGGCGCGCGUUAGGCGGCCUGGACGCCGGGGUCCCCGGCGUGACUCUGGCUUCCUAGCCGGGCGCUCCCAAAUCCGGAGGGCUGGAGCCGGUAGGGACGCCCCCAGGAAGCGCCUGCCGGGCCCAAUGGUCCGGGAACACAGGCGGCGCGGAGGCGGUGGCGGCGGUGCGGCUGAUAGAGUCAUGCGGUCCAUAGCCCCUAAGGGCAGGCCCGAGCAGCUGGAGGGUCGGCAUGGAUCCAAGCAUGCCAGAUAUAAAAAUAAAGCUCAUCUGUAUAUUCCA